AGUUUUCUAGGUUAUCAGUUGAAUUUUUUUGAAUAAUGUAAAGGAAUUCUGAAGUUUGAGAUCAUUAUUAUUAUUAUUUAAAAGCAGCUCUGCAAUGAUUCAAACAAUAAGUGUUUCCCUGUCGGGACCAGCUCAUUCAUUACUGCUUUUCGAAACGGCUAAAUGUCAAUUUGGUCAAGAGGGAUUUCUUCUUGGCAGUAUUUGCGAACACGAAACUCAUUCAAUAACUGAUAAUGAGCAACAACAAGUUCACAUUUCCAGAAUUAUCACAGUGAAUGCUGCUCUACCAUGUCCUGUACUCGGAUAUUUUUAUGACAACAUAGGAAAAAUUGAUGAGAAUAAGAUAAAAUCGUUUUUGGGGUCCCAAGCGUGUAAAGUUAUAGCAUGGUAUAGGUUCAGUACGAUUCCAAUUUACAAACUAACACUUCGGGAAAGAAGUAUUCAUAUACAGUUAGCUAAUUUCUUCAAGAUCCCCCAAGAUUUAUUUUCAGUAUGCAUUUUGAAUAAAACAUUUAUAGACGAUAAUAUUACACAUUUGUUUCAACAAUCUUUUUUGAGACUUAAAAACCACAGAUUCGAACCUUUACCGCUGCAUAUAAUGAAUUUGCAAGAUAAGAAGAACUCUUAUAAAAGGUACGAGUAUAUUUCCCCCAGUUUUCAAGCUCUAGUUGAUAAUGUAAGCAUAAGUCCGAGAAGAGUUAAGGGUAUUGUGUAUAUUACUGAACUGCAGAAAUCGGUUCAAGAACAUUUACAACUCCUUGUAAGGGACUUGUCUGAAGAAGAAGAAAAAUUAUUUACUUUAGAGCAAGAAGUGAAGAAAUUACUGGCAGAGAUGAGAGAGAAGGAAAAUCAGUUUUUCUCUGAGGAAUUGCUGGACGAGGAAAUGGAAGAAGAUUCCCCAUCUCCCUGUGAAAUUGUCCCUUUUAUAAGUCGCUUGAAAAAAUCAACACUGAAAAGCAUUCCAAGGAAACUGGAUUUCGAGUAGUGUACGGCAAGGUAAAAAUAAGGUUUUGAAUUUAUUUUUGUAAUUGUACAGUCAGAUUUUUGUAUUGGUUCUCAAUCCCUCUAGAAUAUUGAAUUAUUGAUUAUUUGUAUAAUAAAACGAUUGGAAUUUUA